CCGAGGCGAGUUCCGAAUCCGGAGCGAGACGGAGCCCCGGGCGCCGCCGGAUCCGCCCCUCGCAUCCCGGCCCCCGGGCGUCCGCCGCGCUCAGGCCCCGGCCCAGGCCGACUGGAGGUGCUCCUCCUGCGGCCCCAGCACCCGGCUCCGGAAAUGCCAGGGAUGCAGGGAGGGCAGAAUUGUUUUCCCUGCGCGUCGCGUAAAAACGUGCCAGGUUCUGCUUGCUGGAACCGUCUAAAACAACCGGAACCCCGGAUUUUCGCUUGCAGAUUCUUGAGGAAGUUUUAUAAUAAAUUCGGAGACCUGGAACAAGCCCUAGUGGUUGGAUUUUUUAUCAAGCAGAAAUGCAUCGAACAACGAGAAUCAAGAUCACUGAGCUAAAUCCCCACCUGAUGUGUGUGCUUUGUGGAGGGUACUUCAUUGAUGCCACAACCAUAAUAGAAUGUCUACAUUCCUUCUGUAAAACGUGUAUUGUUCGUUACCUGGAGACCAGCAAGUAUUGUCCUAUUUGUGAUGUCCAAGUUCACAAAACCAGACCACUACUGAAUAUAAGGUCAGAUAAAACGCUCCAAGAUAUUGUAUACAAAUUAGUUCCAGGGCUUUUCAAAAAUGAAAUGAAGAGAAGAAGGGAUUUUUAUGCAGCUCAUCCUUCUGCUGAUGCUGCCAAUGGCUCUAAUGAAGAUAGAGGAGAGGUUGCAGAUGAAGAUAAGAGAAUUAUAACUGAUGAUGAGAUAAUAAGCUUAUCCAUUGAAUUCUUUGACCAGAACAGAUUGGAUCGGAAAGUAAACAAAGACAAAGAGAAAUCUAAGGAGGAGGUGAAUGAUAAAAGAUACUUACGAUGCCCAGCAGCAAUGACUGUGAUGCACUUAAGAAAGUUUCUCAGAAGUAAAAUGGACAUACCUAAUACUUUCCAGAUUGAUGUCAUGUAUGAGGAGGAACCUUUAAAGGAUUAUUAUACACUAAUGGAUAUUGCCUACAUUUAUACCUGGAGAAGGAAUGGUCCACUUCCAUUGAAAUACAGAGUUCGACCUACUUGUAAAAGAAUGAAGAUCAGUCACCAGAGAGAUGGACUGACAAAUGCUGGAGAACUGGAAAGUGACUCUGGGAGUGACAAGGCCAACAGCCCAGCAGGAGGUAUUCCCUCCACCUCUUCUUGUUUGCCUAGCCCCAGUACUCCAGUGCAGUCUCCUCAUCCACAGUUUCCUCACAUUUCCAGUACUAUGAAUGGAACCAGCAACAGCCCCAGCGGUAACCACCAAUCUUCUUUUGCCAAUAGACCUCGAAAAUCAUCAGUAAAUGGGUCAUCAGCAACUUCUUCUGGUUGAUACCUGAGACUGUUAAGGAAAAAAAUUUUAAACCCCUGAUUUAUAUAGAUAUCUCCAUGCCAUUACAGCUUUAUAGAUGCUAAUACAUGUGACUAUCGUCCAAUUUGCUUUCUUUUGUAGUGACAUUAAAUUUGGCUAUAAAAGAUGGACUACAUGUGAUACUCCUAUGGACGUUAAUUGAAAAGAAAGAUUGUUGUUAUAAAGAAUUGGUUUCUUGGAAAGCAGGCAAGACUUUUUCUCUGUGUUAGGAAAGAUGGGAAAUGGUUUCUGUAACCAUUGUUUGGAUUUGGAAAUACUCUGCAGUGGACAUAAGCAUUGGGCCAUAGUUUGUUAAUCUCAACUAACGCCUACAUUACAUUCUCCUUGAUUGUUCUUGUUAUUAUGCUGUUUUGUGAACCUGUAGAAAACAAGUGCUUUUUAUCUUGAAAUUCAACCAACGGAAAGAAUAUGCAUAGAAUAAUGCAUUCUAUGUAGCCAUGUCACUGUGAAUAACAAUUUCUUGCAUAUUUAGCCAUUUUGAUUCCUGUUUGAUUUAUACUUCUCUGUUGCUACGCAAAACCGAUCAAAGAAAAGUGAACUUCAGUUUUACAAUCUGUAUGCCUAAAAGCGGGUACUACCGUUUAUUUUACUGACUUGUUUAAAUGAUUCGCUUUUGUAAGAAUCAGAUGGCAUUAUGCUUGUUGUACAAUGCCAUAUUGGUAUAUGACAUAACAGGAAACAGUAUUGUAUGAUAUAUUUAUAAAUGCUAUAAAGAAAUAUUGUGUUUCAUGCAUUCAGAAAUUAUUGUUAAAGUUCUCCCAACUGGUUCGACCUUUGCAAAUACCCAUAACCUAUGUUGAGCCUUGCUUACCAGCAAAGAAUAUUUUUAAUGUGGAUAUCUAAUUCUAAAGUCUGUUCCAUUAGAAGCAAUUGGCACAUCUUUCUAUACUUUAUAUACUUUUCUCCAAUAAUACAAGUUUACUUUAAAAAUUGUUGCAGUAAAGAAAAACCUUUAACUGAGAAAUAUGGAAACAGCAUGUUAAUUUUCCAUUGGCUAUGAUGGAAUUAAUGUUGUAUUUUAAAAAUGCAUAUUGAUCACUGUAAUUCUAAAACAAUUUUUUAAAUAAACCAUCAGGUUGCUAAAAGAAGGCAUUUUAUCUAAAGUUAUUUUAAUAGGUGGUAUAGUAGUAAUUUCAAAUUUAAGAGUUGCUUUUACGGUUAACAAUGGAAUAUGCCUUCUCUGCUAUGUCUGGAAAUAGAAGCUAUUUAUUAUGAGCUUCUACAGGUAUUUUUAAAUAGAGCAAGCAUGUUGAAUUUAAAAUAUGAAUAACCCCACCCAACAAUUUUCAGUUUGUUUUUUGCUUUGGUCGAACUUGGUGUGUGUUCAUCACCCAUCAGUUAUUUGUGAGGGUGUUUAUUCUAUAUGAAUAUUGUUUCAUGUUUGUAUGGGAAAAUUGUAGCUAAACAUUUCAUUGUCCCCAGUCUGCAAAAGAAGCACAAUUCUAUUGCUUUGUCUUGCUUAUAGUCAUUAAAUCAUUACUUUUACAUAUAUUGCUGUUACUUCUGCUUUCUUUAAAGAUAUAGUAAAGGAUGUUUUAUGAAGUCACAAGAUACAUAUAUUUUUAUUUUGACCUAAAUUUGUACAGUCCCAUUGUAAGUGUUGUUUCUAAUUAUAGAUGUAAAAUGAAAUUUCAUUUGUAAUUGGAAAAAAUCCAAUAAAAAGGAUAUUCAUUUAGAAAA